CGAAACCAAACUUGUUCCAGCCCGCCUUUAUUUCAAACAUUGCAGAGCCUCACACCCCUGUGAAGAUGAACCAUCUCUGCUGUUCAAUCUGCAGCCAGUUCUUCAGGAAUCCUGCAACUGUUCCCUGUGGACACAACUUCUGCAUGCUGUGCAUCCAGAACUGCUGGGAAAAACAUGAGACAAACAACCGCCUGUGCAGCUGUCCAGAAUGUCAUCGUACGUUUCCCUCCAGACCUCAGCUGAUCAAGAACCCAACUCUGGAUGAGAUGGUGAGAGACAAAGAGAGGAGAGACUGUAGAAAAAGGAAACGUUCAGAAGAGUCUCAGCAGGAGCUGAAGAGACCUCAGAGCAGCACAGAAACAUCAAGGAGCACUUUGUGUUGGAGACACAACAAGCCUCUGAAUGUUUACUGCUGCACAGAUGAGCAGAUUCUAUGUUCACAGUGUACCUCUGCUCAGCAUCAAGGACACAGAAUUGGGUUGGUGAUUGAGGAGCGACGGAGGAAGCAGAAGGAGCUGAGGAACAUGCAGGCAAAAAUCAAGCAGAUUCUCCAGACACAAGAACAGAAAAGGGAGAACAUGAGCAAACUGCUCCAACAGAUUGAGGUGAGAACAGCAGACCUCCAGAGCGUCAUAUUGUUUAUGCUGUAUUUCUCCAUCCAGAGACUCACUGAUCCCUCUCACGUUUCAAAACAGGAGGAGGCGAUGCAAACGGUGGACGACUGUGAAAGCAUCAUAGUUGGUGCCAUUGACUCCCUCCAGAAACACUUCCUGUCACUGAAGGAGCAGAUCGCGGCUCAGGAGGAGGCGGCAGCAGCUCAGGUUCACGACUCGCUGCAGAACCUGAAGGUGAAGAUGGAGGAGAUGAAGAAGAGAGACGCUGAGCUGGAUCAUCUGGCGCAGUCUCAAAGCAAUAUCGAUUUCCUGCAGGUACAGCAGUCACAUCACUGGAACUUCAUCUGUAUCUGAGGAUCAUCUGUCCAUCACUGUGUCUUCUCUUUAUUCACAGAAAUGGCCCUCUGUACGGCUCCUCUAUGAAGAAGACCACCUCCACCUUUUGAACGAGGAUCCACUUCUGCCCUUUAAGUUCACAAAUAGAGCUGUGGA